GUUUUUCGGUGUCAGAAGAAAAAGAGGCGUCCGUCAGAGCUUGUGCGGUGGCCACAAGCAAGCAUGUCCUAUCUCUCUUCUUUGGCUGCUUUCCCUCGCUCCGUACAGAAGCGGCCCUUCAUCUUCUCGAUUCCGCAAAGGAGACCCAAAUCUCCAACUAGUUGUCUGAGAAUUGGGGCAGAGGAGAUCGCAGGGCUCGCCCACAACAAGGUGUUAGUAGCAGCUACUCUUGCCUCUGCGAUCGGGCAGAUCUCCAAGCCGUUGACUUCGGCUAUUAAUGGGAAGGGAAUCGAUCCGAAGGCGGCGGUUCGGUCAGGCGGAAUGCCGUCGACUCAUUCAGCUAGCGUUGUAGCUGCUGCAACUUCUCUUGGUCUACAAAGGGGAUUUUCAGAUUCGAUCUUUGGCAUGUCCGUGGUCUUUGCUGCACUUGUAAUGUACGAUGCCCAGGGAGUUAGAAGAGAGGUGGGUUACCAUGCAAAGAUUUUGAACAAGCUACUGAAAAUCCAAGACAAGUCAACUCUUGAUCCAGAGGAAGAUGAUCUAAAUGAUUCUAAACAUGGAACAUCCUCUAUAAAUUCCAAGGAAAUUGUCCCCCUUGUCUCCAUCUCUGAGAAGGCAAAUUCUUAUACAUCAAGAUUGGAAUCCAAUCAAGUUCGCUGUUCUGGAAUUACACCAAGGAAAUUGGGUGCAAUGCCAAGUUUGAACGUUGAUGUUAAAGAUUCAUCUGAGAAAACCUACAGCAAAUGCAAUCCAUUGAAUGAAUUGGUUGGUCACACAGAAAUUCAGGUUCUAGUUGGUGCUCUGUUGGGUUUCAUUGUAAGUUUAGCCAUUGAUACUAUAUUAUAACUGUAGCAAUUACAUUCUUCUCAUUCAAUACUAAAUUCAAAAUCAAUGUAAGUUGUCUGCAUAUAAAUAAUGGUCUCUUUUUCCUA